CCCGGGUCAUUCUGUGAUUCUGUGAUGAGCCGGUGCUGCAGCACAGCCCAGCUGUCACCACCACUAUGUCUGCCUGUGCACGGGCUGCUUUAUCCCUCUGGGGAUGGGAGGAAUGAACAAACGAGUGACAGAUGUGCACCGUGCUAUUAACGCUGCGGUGCAAUGAGGGGACGCUGAGCAGCUUCUUGCUGAUACACAGCAGUGUGUGAGCGGUGUCAGAGCAGCGUCAGCCUGACCCGGCCAUGUCUGCAUCCCCACAGCAACAUCCAUCAGCUGCAGGGCAGGAGGUGAAGGCCAGGCUGACUUUGCUAUUGAGAAGCUGCUGAUGCAGCUCGUUGCUAAAGCACUCUCAAAGAACAACUCUGUGAAUGGCAAGACGUGAAUUUAAUGCACAAUGUGUGUUUUGGGUUUCGUUCUAGGUGUCUUUUAUAAAGCUUAUACUGGAGAUCCCGGUAGUUCAGGUUGUCUCGCAGGCUGAUGGCCACUAGGCCGCAGGCCCGGCCCAGCCGUUGUCACGGUAACGCGGCGCGGCCGGAAGCUCUCUGCGGUACUUCCGGCGCGGCCUGGGCGCGCCUUCCCUUCCCGCCGCCGCCAAGAUGGCGGCCCCCGUGUCGCUGCAGAGGUGGUGCAGAACUCUUGUUCGAUGGUGUGAAAAAGCAUCAGGUGACCUUGCCUUCUCAGCCAGAGCCUUCUGUUCCAGGUCUUCUGCAGUUUAUGGCACGCCAUCAUCUGCUUCAGUGGGUGAUUUGCAUUUCAGAUGGGAGGCUGGAGGAUCCCUCAGGGGAUAUCAGAAACCUGCUAAAGUGGAUCAAACAGAAUCUGCUGAAAGAGAAGCCGGAAUUAUUUAUGCAAGGGGAAUCUGUGUAA